UGAAAUGUCAAUUGAUUUUUGACAUUUUAUUAUUCUUUUCACUUUCGCAUUCAAUGGUAAUCGGGUGUUUAUUUUUCUGUCCCAACACACGGUAAUUACAAUAAUUACAUUUAUUGAGUUUUUAUUGUGUGUAAAAGUGCUAAAAUUACUAAAAACGUGUUCCAAAAAACCAACAAAGUCGCGUAAGUUUCAAUGCAAACGACGUGACAGCGCAUUAACAGCCGGAGUGAAACGCGGACGAAGAAGAAAGAAAACGGCAAGGUAAUGGACGAACCGCCGUUACAGCAGGCGCUAUCGCGCAAGGAUUCGGAAUACAUUGAUCAUGAUCUUCCCUUGCAAUCGCUCCUAGCACCCUCAUACAUACGUGACACUAACAACUACUUAAUUGACUUUAUGGAAGCAACACCAUUAGUCAACUCAGCCAACGCAGUGCCAACAACGGACGCUGGCGGCGGCGGUGGUGGUGGUGGUUAUAAUGUAAAAGUUUCCGAUACAGUCACACUCACACCAGAUCUGCAUUUUCCGAAUACAAUUUUCCAUUAUCGCCCCACACCGGCCGAUGUGGCCGUAAGCAAUGUGACUAACGUUGCAGAAGCCACACUAAGCGUUUUGAAUACGCCAACACAAACCGCAGCACCAAUGCCAAUGGUAUUGACUGCCGGCACGAGUAGAUCUGACAACAAUGUUACUGCCUAUAGCCACAACAAACACACGCAGUAUAUAACAUUAAAUGGUGACUUUCUUAACGGCAGUGCCUCUAAAGAAUAUUGUGUUGAGUCGGAGGCAGUCAAUCAGUCAGGCGAUGAUGCUGCAGUGCAACAAUUCCUGUUGGCCGAUGGAAAUGUGAGUUUAGACGAUGCGGCGGACUUAAUGAAUGUUAGUGUUGAUGUACUAUAUGCGCGUCAUGUGUCGAAUGCACGCAAAGUGCUGCCACACAAGAAACGCAUCUCACGCAAGUUACGUGUAUCGCUGAGUGGCACGGAUAAUGAAUUGGCACAGCCAGCUGAAGUGCAAAAAAUGCAAGAGGAGGGGCGCUUGAAUGUGUCGGUAUAUAGUUGUGAGAUUUGUGGCAAUACUUCGGAUUCGCAGCUGCAAUUCUUCGCGCAUCUAAAGCAGCACUAUGAACCCACCACGCCGGACACGAUAUUGGCAGCGAUGAAGACAUCGCUGGAGGCUUUAGAGCCGCAGAAAAUCUCGGCAUCGGAUAAGAAAUCCCCUAACGGUAACGUCGAUCAAGUCUUCAAUGACGUGCACCUGAACUUCCCUGACUUUUCUGGCGUUGACGAGUCACCAAUGCGUCAUGUCUUGAAUACAGUAGAUGAUGGCAACAAUGACAUGAGCGCGACGGAUAUGAGUAAAUGUAUGACUUAUGUGGCACAAACUGCCACGCCACCCUUGAAGCGCACUGUUGAGGUGGAAUUCAGCGACAGCGAGGAUAUGCUGGAGGGCAUGCGUAAUGUGGUGGACAAGGUCUCCAUCGAAGACACUUGCGAUGCGCUAGACUUGAUGACCUCAAACGGCAUGCGUGGCUCAUGGUUCACUAAUGACAACUUCAACGGCAUCACCUUCAAGAAUAAAUCAUAUAGCGAUGUCUCGUUCACGGAACCACUACCACCCAUGCCCAUGAUGAGUAGCGCUGCUUUAACAAGAACCAAUACAUCGCCGAAGGAGCCAAACACGCUACCGCCGGCAGAAAAACUACUCUCAUACCAAAAGUCAGAUGGUAAUAUAGAAAAAAUGGAGCUACAACUACCGGCAGACGAUGAUGAGGAUGAUGAUGAUGAGGAGGAUGAUGAAGACGUUGUUGACAAUGGUGGCAAUGUUGUAGUUGUAAACGAAGCCAAUGGUGCCACAUACUAUAAUGAUGAAUUACCACCCAUAAGCUUAUCCAGUGUUGAUGCGGAUGAGCCACAAUUACAGUGUCCGUCACCUGAAGAGCCGACGCCCACGACGGAUUUAUUGGAACCGUUAAAUGUGUCACAAUUUGAUUUGCCCCAAAAUACUGACGUACAAGUGCGUCCAGAAAGUACACAACUAACAAGCGCUGUUGACAACAAUGCGACGGUGGAGGAGGAGGCGCAAGAGGAGGAGGAGGACGAGGUGCUCUGCAAAGAAGAACCCGAAAGCUAUGAUUAUGAGGACAACGAUGUGCGCUUCGUUGAAUACAAUCCAGCGGAGGAAAUACUUCCCGAUAAUGGAUGCGAAGACAAUGGCUGCGAAGACGAUGGCUACGAAGACGAUAGCUGCGAAGACGUUGGCUUGGCCGAAGCCUUAGAAAUCAGGCAACGGAAAUUCAAUUGCACGAAAUGCGAACGUAAAUUCAAUUCGCGUAAUGCGCUCAAAUAUCAUUUACGCACGCAUACUGGCCUGCGUCCGCAUCAGUGUGACACAUGUGACAAAUCGUUUUACGCCUUAAAUGCGCUCAAGGCACACAAACGCACGCACACCGGUGAUAAGCCGUACAAAUGUGAAUAUUGUCAACGUGAUUUUCGUCAAUGGGGCGAUCUAAAGUAUCAUGUCGUCUCGAAACACACCGAUGAUAAGAACCAUCAGUGCGAAUAUUGCGGCAAAGCGUUCUCGCGUAAAUACUCGCUGGUGUUGCAUCGUCGCAUACACACCAGCGAACGCAAUUUCAAGUGUGAAUUCUGCAGUAAGGCAUUUCGCGCGAGUACAUAUCUACAGGAUCAUCGCAAAAUACACACCGGUGAAAAGCCCAACGUGUGCGCGAUUUGCUCGAAACGUUUUCGCAUGGUGGGCGAUUUGCGUCGUCACGAGCGCGUACACCAGCGCGCCGAUGCAAAAAAGGCAACUAAAAAUGCAAAAAAUGCAAAAAGUGCAAAAAAUGCGAAAAGUGCGAAGAGUGCAAAAAAAUAGUUAGAAAUAUGGACUGAAAAAAUAUUAUAUAAUAUAAUAUAAUGACAGAGCGUACACACAUACACACACUCAGUGGCAAGAAAUUAUAUAUUGAUGUAUGUUAGUUUACCACAACAUGCGCUACAUCGCCGUUUAUAUGUAACUCUAACGCCUAUGCGUUUCACCAGCAAUCCAAUGUGUCCACCGACACGUCGAAUUAUUGCACUUGAAUUACUUCGUUUGUAAGUUACACAUACAUACAUUUGCAUCUCUCUCUCUGUAGUUAAGUAGCUGUUUAAUCUUCAUUAUUUACUUAUAUAAAUAUGUAUACCGUGUACCGUAUUAUUUCGCCUAGUUUAGGUUUGUUCAAAAUUGCUGCCACUGCUGCGUCCAUGCUGAAACUCGGUUCAAUUCAAGGCGUAAAUGUACAAAAUAUUGCUACUUUAUAUACCAAUCCAUACAUAUGUCUUUACUAAGUUGUAUGUACGCUUAACGGUAAAUAAAUUUGUACAUUCAUUUGUCCAUAUUCAGUGUGUUAGUUUGCAUUUAAGUUCUAAAAAUAUAUACAGUUUUACACAGUCAUUGUUUCUACGAA